GCUUUCAAACCCAAUUCCAGACCUCGAUUCAAUAUUCAUAGCAAUGGCUGACUUCCCCGGUCUUGCAAAACGCACUGCCACUGACGAAGAAGUGACAGUCGCUGACCAAAGCAACCUCGUCAAGAAAUCCCGAUAUGCGUAUCUGCGAAUGGAGGCUGUUUUCGUACAGGGCUUGACCGAUGGGAAAGGUGGCUAUACUAUCUGGAAGACCAUCGAUAAACAAUUGGCUCAUUUACGAUUAAAAGGACCACGAUACACCGAAGCCUUUUACAAGUUCAUUGUUGACGAAGAUAAACGCCUAUUUGAUGGGACAAGGACCCUCGCAGCAAUCAAAACACAAGAACUCACCAAAUUCAACAUGCCAACAGACACCAAAAUCGAGGCGAUUGUACUCAACCUACCCGAACACUCAGUCUGAAUGACCGUUGUUCCACAUCAACUCACUAUCUACGCAACAUCGUUUUUCCUUAUAAUCAUUUUCGCAACGAGUUGUAAAUUACACAUUUUACCUUCAAUCUAUUAUCUAGAAAUGUAAUCCUUUGUACCAUGAAUAAACAUGAAAUACACAUUUAUAUUACAAAUC